UCUCGCCGUCUCAUCGCAAAACCCAGCGCCCCAAAGCGACCCCACCGAAGCGUCCCAGCCCGACCGGAAUGGCGAUGGCACCGUGCGCACCCGCCUCCGUCUCCUCCUUCCCCGCCCGCCCAGUGCGGGCCCCUUCCGCUGUCCGGCCGCGCGCCGCCGCGAUCCGCGCCACUGCGGCGGCGGCGGAGGGUGGCAGGUGGUGGGCGCCGCUGCUGGGGUGGUCGGGGAAGGCCGACUACCUUGAGGCCCCGGCCCCGGUGCCGGCGGUGCUGCAGGAUGACGACGCGGCCGCGGCGCGCAGGCAGUUCGUGGGGGGGCUGACGGAGGAGAAGGCCCGCCAGCUGCGGGCGCGGAUGGCGCAGACGGAGUCCUUCCACGACGCCAUGUACCACUCCGCCAUCGCCUCACGCCUCGCCCGCUCCGCCUAAACCGGCCGGCCGGCCGGCCAGCUGGCCGCCGCCGUAGAUCUAGAGCUCCGCCCGCUUUUGUGUAUACUGGUUUCGCCUUCAUUUUCGGGGAUGUCUUUGUUUCCACUACCCCAUUGUCGUCGUCGUCGUCGUGGAGCAGGAGGGGCAGGGAUCUGCUGGUUUUAUGAGGCGCCCUACCCCUCCCUCCCAUUGUCCACCGCGGCGGCCGCUCCGGGAUGUGCCCGAUCUGCGCAGAUCCGCGAAGCGUUGCUGCAACCUACUACUAUGUACUAGUACUGUUACUCUUCAAAGUUCC